AUGCAGUUCAAAAGCUGCCUGUUUUCAUUGCUCAUCCUCCCACCUACAGUCUUUUCCAUGAACCAAGACUCAAGAUCUUCUCUGGAAUCGGAUCAUGACGCGAAUACAGCUACAACCACCCUACAGUCGCCAGAAAGUCUCUCCUACAAUGCUGAUAUCGAAUUCAGGCUAUCAGAAACGCCUGUUCAUGGCGUGCGCAAAAUGAGCCACGAUGAGGGGGAAAAGUUCUUUCUGGAUUAUUGGAGCUUUGUCGACGACUCACAGGGCCUAUCAGACCGUGGUUUGGACGAGGACCAAACAUCAUUUAGCAACUCUUCCAAGGUCGAAGAGCAGGCCUCGUCAGAUAUCUUAAUUCCAAGAUCAUUCCCUUUUCAGCCUUCAUUUCCUUGGGAAGCAAACCGCAGGAGUCUAUUUGGACCCAGAGACUUUAAGUGCCCUACUGGGACUUAUGCUUGCGAGUCGAUUGGACGAUCUGAUCGGUGCUGCAGUACUGGUGAUACAUGUCAACACGUGAAGGAUACAGGAUCAGGCGAUGUGGGAUGCUGUCCGAAUGGACAAAGAUGUUCGAAUGUGGUCGGACAAUGUCCGAGUCCCUGGACAACUUGCUCUGAGGCAUUGGGAGGCGGUUGUUGCAUCGCUGGAUACCAUUGUGUUCCUGGUGGCUGCGCCUUCGUAUCUGUGAUCACAGUCACAGUCCAUUCUACAGUCAUACUCUCUACAAAGACAUACUCGACUGUCCCUCAGAAUCCUCCAAGUUCCUCGAGUACGUGCAACACUAGCACUGCAAAUAGUCUCGCACCGCCUGCCCGACCUACAGGCCGAAGUACCUCCACUCAUACAACAACUACUCGCGUGAAUGUCUGUCCCACAGGAUUCUAUGCCUGUUCAGCUGUUUACCAAGGUGGUUGUUGUCAGACUGGACGAGACUGCGAUACGACUUCAUGUCCUAAGACACGUUCCACAACGUUCAUUUCUAACGGAGUGACGAUUAUUGAGCCGGUGACGACAGGUGGAACUGAGAUUACGGGUAAAUGCGCCAAGGGCUGGUUUAGCUGCGCCGAUACCGCGGGCGGUGGAUGCUGUCCAUUAGAUUGGACUUGUGGAGGAAGCUGUACAGCUCCUGCAUCCAAGACUACAAUUGUGAAGGAACAAGCGACAGCAAAGAGUGAAGGAAGGAAAUUGAGGGUCAACCUAGCCGCCAUCAUGUCCGACAAGCCGCAGCAGCCCCUCCCCUUCGUUUACCAAUUCGCCGCCGGUGCGGUGGCCGGUGUCUCUGAGAUCCUGGUUAUGUAUGAUUCCGCUUCCAUCCCAUCUGCACGGUACCCAUUGGACGUGGUCAAGACUCGAGUUCAGCUGCAGACCGGAGCCCCGGUCGCUGGUGCCGAGCACUACAAUGGCAUGGUCGACUGCUUCAAGAAGAUCAUCAAGACUGAGGGUUUCUCCCGUCUUUACCGUGGUAUUUCCGCGCCCAUUCUGAUGGAGGCUCCUAAGCGUGCGACCAAGUUCGCUGCCAACGACAGCUGGGGUUCUUUCUACCGUAACCUGUUCGGCGUUGAGAAGCAGACCCAGGGUCUGGCUACCCUGACCGGUGCCACUGCCGGUGCCACCGAGGCCUUCGUUGUUGUUCCCUUCGAGCUGGUCAAGAUUCGUCUGCAGGACAAGGCCUCUGCUGGUAAGUACAACGGCAUGCUGGAUGUUGUUAAGAAGAUUGUCCAGACCGAGGGUCCUAUGGCCAUGUACAACGGUCUCGAGUCUACCCUGUGGCGUCACAUUCUCUGGAACGCUGGUUACUUCGGCUGUAUCUUCCAGGUCCGUGCUCAGCUGCCCAAGCCCGAGCCCGGCAACAAGGGUCAGCAGACUCGCAAUGACUUGAUUGCUGGUUCCAUUGGUGGUGUUGCUGGUACCCUUCUCAACACCCCCAUGGACGUUGUUAAGUCCCGUAUCCAGAACACCACCAAGGUCGCCGGCCAGACCCCCAAGUACAACUGGGCUUGGCCUGCCGUUGGCACCGUCAUGAAGGAGGAGGGCUUCGGCGCCCUGUACAAGGGUUUCAUUCCUAAGGUCCUGCGUCUCGGACCCGGUGGUGGUAUCUUGCUGGUCGUCUUCACUGGUAUGAUGGACUUCUUCCGCAAGAUGCGCGACGAGUAA